UGAAUACUCUCCAACAAACAACAUAACCUCAAAAAUGGCUUUUAAGAUUUUUGUGUUUAUUGCUUUGGUAUCAGCUGUAAAUGCUGGUUACCUUGGCGGAUACAACUCCCUGGGCUACAGUUCCCUUGGAUAUGGAGGUUAUGGUAACUUAGGUUACGCCCAUUCGUAUGCCACGCCUCUGGCUUACUCAGCUGGACUUUAUAGUGGUGCGCAUGCGCAUUUGUCUUCAUAUUCAUCGCCGAUUAUCUCCAAAACAAUUUCUGCUGCGCCACUGGCUUAUAGCACCCCACUCUCCCACUACUCAGCUGGUUUGUCGCAUUACCACGCCCCUAGUGUGUAUUCUACUCAUGCGCAUCAUGUUGCCGCACCGAUUAUAACCAAAACUGUCGUCGCUGCUCCGGUUGUACACAAAACCAUUGUUUCUACUCCGGUGAUUCAUAAAACAUACGCUCCGGCUGUUCAUGCGUAUGCAGCGCCAUCUCUGUAUUCUGCUCAUGUGUCUACGCCGAUUAUUAGUAAGAGUUAUGGAUUGGGUUAUGGAAGUUAUGGAUAUCCUUCUUAUGGUUACGCAUCUAAAUAUCAUUUUUAA